AUGAUUUCUUCUAGGGUGGCUCUCAGACGGGCUGGCCAUAUUCGAUGGUCAUGCCAACCACGUUUCACUGCCCGCCGCCAAUGGGCGCGAUAUAACAGCGACAGCUCCAAGGGGCCCGCGCAUAGGCAAGGCGGAAAUCCCUUCGCGCGGGCAGCCGUCUAUGCUGGUGUGUUUGGUUUGGCAGCUGCGGGAGCUUAUUACUAUCCCGAGCUCAAGGAAAGUUUUUCAACAGAAGAAGAAGCUAUCGAGCCCUCAAAAGCCCAACCAAGGUUCGAGAAGUCUCGCAGGCAACCCAUAUCAAAGGAGGAUAACCGAGAUAUCAUCAGUUCUCAACACCUGCAGGUCAAGAAUAGCUGGGAGCACCCAGGAGUCUAUGCUUGGGGGUCAAACAGUGGCAAGGUUAUCGACCCGGAGUCUAAUGAUAAGUACGUCAAGCUGCCCCGACGAAUAUCCUUCUUCAACGACCAAAUCCUCAGGGAUUUGAAGCUCACCCAUAGUUUUGGGGCGGCCGUCAAUGAGAAGGGCGACUUGAUUCAAUGGGGACUUGGCUUUUCGAGCAGUGACCCGAAGCCGGUGACUACACUGAGGGGCAAGGAUCUAGCCAAGAUCGAGGUGUCUACUGACCGAAUCAUUGCCUUGUCUCGAAAGGGUGAUGUAUACUCUGUCCCAUCGUCCAGGGACGAUCUGGAAGGCGGGGUUAAGGAGACUCGGCAAAAGAGCUCCUGGUCAUUAUGGAGCUCUACCGGCAAGGAAGCCAUCAACUUCCGCAACCUAACACCAAGUGGCUUGGGCUGGGGCGAGAGGGUUAUCGACAUCAGCAGCGGACUUGAGCACUGCAUUAUGUUGACGUCAAAGGGACGUGUCUUCACCGCUGCCUCGAGCGCUAUUGCGUAUCCCUCCAAGGGUCAGAUGGGAAUUGCCGGUCUUACUUGGGAAACCCGGCCGAAAGGUCCAUACGAUCAGCCUCAUGAACUCUUGUCGCUAAAGGGCUUUGAAGCGACGGCCAUUGCCUCGGGGGACUAUCAUUCGGUGAUUUUGGACAAGCUGGGCAGAAUCUUCUCCUUUGGUGACAACACAUUUGGCCAGCUCGGAUUCACAAUGGACUCCGGCCUGCCCUACGCUACCACUCCCUCCAUGAUUCCUGUCGACAAACUGUAUGCCGCCUCGGGGAUGGUACCAAAGGCCACGUCUAUCAAGGCCGGAGGAACCAACACCUUCUUCACAGUUGAUGCUAGCGCGCCAACUACGGCGGUUGAGUCUCGGAGUAUGGUUCCAGCCAAGCGGAUGCCAGGAACAAUUUCUGACCUGUGGGUGUGUGGUCAAGGUGUUGCAGGCACAUUAGGGACUGGCAAAUGGACUCAUGUUUCCAUCGCGCCUACAAAGAUUAAAGCACUUUCAUCUCUUUUUGAGUUUGACGAGGAGACAAACAAGAACGUGCCAAUUAAGCUGAAGGCACUCAGUGUUGGAAGUACCCACUGCGCCGCCGUCAUGGAUAACAUAACGAAAACAAACACGUCAAGCAGCGGUUCUGAAAACGAAACGAACUGGGGUGCUGAUGUUUUGUUCUGGGGUGGCAAUGAAUACUACCAAUUGGGCACUGGGAAAAGGACGAAUAUGAACACACCGACAUAUAUUGGACCUUUGGAUGGCGGCGAAGGGGAUGCAAACAAGAGAAGGAAAGGAGAGAUGCACCGCCUCUGCCUUACUCCAAAACAGACGGUUCGUAUCGGAGAAGGCGGAAAGGGCCGCAAGGUUACGUUGGAGCAAAAGGUGGAAUGCGGCCGGCUGGUUACCGGGGUGUACUCGGCCGUUUAA